UGUUGCAGGAUCGGCUCCUCUCUCAGCUGAACCUCCGCAGCGGGUCUCCUCCUCCUCCUCCACUUAGCCGGUUAGCAUCAUGGCGAACGUCGUGGAUACUAAACUCUACGACAUCCUCGGAGUUUCACCAUCUGCAUCUGAGAAUGAACUCAAGAAGGCCUACCGCAAAUUGGCCAAGGAGUACCAUCCUGAUAAGAACCCUGAUGCUGGAGACAAGUUCAAAGAGAUCAGUUUUGCAUAUGAGGUGCUAACAAACCCAGAGAAGAAGGAGCUUUAUGAUCGCUAUGGAGAACAGGGACUACGGGAGGGAGGAGGUGGAGGACCUGGCAUGGACGAUAUCUUCUCUCAUAUUUUUGGGGGAGGACUCUUUGGGUUCAUGGGGGGACAGGGAAGAGGACGCAAUGGAGGAAAGAGGAGAGGAGAAGAUAUGGUCCACCCUCUGAAAGUUUCUCUAGAAGACCUCUAUAAUGGCAAAACAACCAAACUGCAGCUCAGUAAGAAUGUCCUGUGUGGUGCUUGUAAUGGUCAGGGGGGUAAGGCCGGAGCAGUACAGAAGUGUGUAGCAUGCAGAGGGCGAGGCAUGAGGAUCAUGAUCAGACAACUUGCUCCUGGGAUGGUCCAACAGAUGCAGUCGGUCUGCACAGACUGCAGUGGAGAGGGUGAGGUGAUAAAUGAGAAGGAUCGCUGCAGAAAGUGUGAGGGUCAUAAAGUGUGUAAGGAGACCAAGCUUCUGGAGGUGCAUGUGGACAAAGGCAUGAAACAUGGACAGAAGAUCACGUUCUCUGGUGAAGCUGACCAAGCUCCAGGCAUUGAACCAGGAGAUAUAGUCCUGGUGCUGCAAGAGAAAGAACAUGAGGAUUUCCGCCGUGAGGGCAGUGACCUUCACAUGGUCCAACGUAUCGGCCUGGUUGAAGCUCUGUGUGGCUUCCAGAUGACCGUCACUCACCUUGAUGGACGUCAGUUGCUUGUCAAAUACCCUCCUGGCAAGGUCAUUGAGCCAGGUUGUAUUCGAAUGGUAAAGGGUGAGGGAAUGCCUCAGUACAGAAACCCUUUUGAGAAGGGAGACCUUUAUGUCAAGUUUGAUGUCCAAUUCCCUGAAAACAACUGGAUUAGCCCAGAAAAACUGAAUGAACUCGAGUGCUUGCUGCCUGCUCGUGCUGAAAAUCCUGUAAUCUCAGCAGAUGCGGAGGAAGUUGACCUGACAGAUUUUGACAGGAGUCAAGGGUCAGGAAGUGGAGCUAGGAGAGAGGCCUACAAUGAUAGUUCUGAUGAGGAAGGCGGCCAUCAUGGCCCAGGGGUGCAGUGCGCACACCAAUAAAAAAAGACUCAUACACGAAGACAUGCACACACAUUAAGACAUGAACAACCCUCAAGUCCCAUUGCUAACACCAUUCAAAACUUGACGCUCAUACACACACACACACAAUUCUCUCCUUUCAUGAUUCCCAGGAAAUAGAAGAGAAAAGCAAAAAUACACACACACCUAUAUCAACCCUCCUCAGUUCCUUGGUGCCCAUAAGUCAGAGAUAUGCUGGAUGUGUGAUGACCAUUUUGUGUUUAUGGACAGUAGUGCUCAUCUAAGCCCAGCAAAAAGUUGGUUUUAUUGUCAGAUGUUCACUGACUGAACAUGACUUGGGUCGCUCUGUUUUUCAUCACAAGCUUUUACCUUCCACUGUGGGAAACACCAGUCUAUUGUGUAAAAUGCAAAUAUUGUUGGCUAUCUUAAAUAAGGUGUAGUUUAGUCUGUCACAAACAAGUGCAUGCUGCUUUCUUGCUGAAGAUCUUGCACAUGUAGAUCCAGCAUCUGGACUCGACCACAAAAUCUGACCCCACACCUGUUUGUAUCUUAGUGUAUCACUGCUAUCAAAGUGCCCCGCUAUCAUAACAGCUGACCUGAUGACAGCCCUAAAGCCCUAAAAGAUUGUCCUUUGCACAGCCUGCUGAGAUCUGCACAGGUUUUACACCUCAAAAAUUAACUUUCAUCAUUUUAAAAUGGGACUGGUUGUAUUUUUGUCCCCAGCUGUCAUGCUAAAAUAUUAAAGGUCUGCGUAUAGCAACAGUCGGCACCAUGUUUUCUUAGUUUGAACUUUCAGCUUGUCUUUGUCUGUUUGGAUGCUUGUGUUUGAGACCACAUAACUUGAAACUAAGUUGUGAACACUUUUGUUUGAGGACACACUCAUGUACUUUGUGUGUAAUUCAGUGGCUCAGUAUGUGUGAGCUGCUGAGGAAUGUUCAGGCUUAUUAGAGUGAUAGGUAUUCCUGCUUUGUGUUGGACUGCAGUGUGAGUGGGGUCAAUUAAAGAGGCAAAAACAGAAUGUUUAUUUGCUGAGAAUCUCUCCCAUGUAGACAUUUCCCCCUCUACUGGCCGGGACUGAGAGAUUCUCCUCUCUUUCAGGAAAACCACUGGGCCCGCACCAACCCUCUGUAUUAUACAUAACCCUCCAUUUUAGAGUUGUUAACCAAACAUAAGUCCUACGACAUGUAACUAUAUUUCCAUUCCCAUCUACCUGUAAAUAAAUACAGCCAUAGUCCAUAGGUGCAGUCAGAGUCUACAGCAGUGUCCUUUGUCUAGUCACAUAAUUUCUUACGCAAGUGAGUAAUGGCCAACAGUGCCAAUAUGAAUAUUACGUUCACAUGAAGAGAAGUCAAUAGAACCUCUGUAGACUGUUUACAUGCACCUCUGUGACUCAUUGUGUAUGUAACUUUGGCCACAGGGGGAAAAUGUGUACACAACUAAAGGGGGUCAUUGAUAAAUGACAUUAUUGUUGAUGCUUAUGUUUGUCAAAAUGAUAAUUAAACUGUGUAAUAAACAGUCA